GCUGUGUGUAACCGAUUUAAAACCAGCUAGGACACUGUCGGGAAGCGCACUGUUUUGGGGCUGGAUGAUAAUGCUAGUAGUUCUGCUAACGUUAGCCUGCUAACACCAGCGUUUAUUCGAUUUAAAACACAAGUUCUGUUUACAGUUUUGUUGCUAAGGACGCUGUGCUUUUUUUUUUCUGGGGUUUGGGUUUUCAUCAUGAUGGAAGGCUACCAAGCGAGUUCUGUCCUUCUUUUGCAUUGGAACAUCCUCUCCCAUCCCCCUUACCCCCUCUGUCAGAGCAUGGCUCAGGAGACCAAUCAGACGCAGGUGCCAAUGCUUUGCACUAUGGGAUGCGGUUUCUAUGGUAACCCCCGCACCAACGGCAUGUGCUCGGUCUGCUACAAGGAACACCUGCAGAGACAACAAGGAGGGGGACGAUCCAGCCCCCCAGGAGAGAAAGCUGCUACGUCACCAGCAGGCUCACCAGGAUCAGCUGGUGUGACUGUAGAGAUCACAACCUCAGAGCCCAGUACAGAAGUGGCAGGAACCCCACCUGAGGAACAAACAACCAGCCCUAGUUCUCCAAGCCCAGUAACUCAACAGAUGACCGCUAUGAGCAUCUCCCAGGAUUCAGGAGCUGUAGACUGUGAUCGAGCAGAGGCUGAGGAGGGAGAAGAGGAGGGUACUUCCAACAGCACAGAGCAAGUGGGGGAAGCAGCACAAACUUCAUCUGAUGGUGACCAAACCCCUGAUAAAAACAAGAAAAAAAACCGCUGUUUUUCUUGCCGGAAGAAAGUAGGCCUUACUGGUUUUGACUGUCGCUGCGGCAACCUGUUCUGUGCCAUUCACCGUUAUUCUGACAAACACGACUGUCCCUAUGAUUACCGGAGUGCAGCUGCUGCCCGCAUACGCAAGGAGAACCCCAUCGUGGUGGCUGAGAAAAUUCAGAAGUUAUGAGAACUGAGUGCAUAAAAAGUCUCUCUGACUUUGUGAAUCUGAACAAUGGAGACUUGGAUGAAAAAACCUGAUAUCAUGGCUUCAUUUGUUCAUGGAAGUUUAAGAUGGGUGGGAUGGGGUGGUGAGGUCACAGCCACUGUCCAGACGCUUCCCUUACUAGCAUCUCCCUCUCUCUCUCCACUAUAGUGACUAUGGCUGAAACUGAGUGUUUCUCUGUGUGUGUGUAUGUGUGUGAGAGAGAGUGUGUGAGUGAGUGAGUGUUUGUGUCAAAGCAUGUGUGUGCACAUUUGCUUGAGAGUUGGGGAGAGAGCCAUAGGGACUUGGUGGACAUUAGUGUUGCUGUGGGGAGGGAAGGCAUUUGAUUUUACCCCUUUUUGUUUCUCAACUUGGGGGAUCGUGUGGGUUUAUUUUUAUACAAUCCCUAUAAGGAAGGUAAGGAAAUGAGACGGGGUAAGCUGUUAAGUUAUGUGUCACAGCCUGAAUAACGACACAGAGGUCAAUUUAGAGGUUCUAGAGUUUUUUUUUUAAAAACUAACUGAAGAUUUCAUGUAUCAGCAAGACCUUUUAAGGGCUUUGGAAUAUUUUUUUUCCUCCCUCUGAAAAUGAUGUCAACUUCUUGUCAAAUUGGCAUUUCUUUUCCCCACCUCCUCCAACCUUUAUUCUAUGGGUCACCACACAUUGAACUCCCAAGUCUCAGCUUUUUCCAGAAAUGUUUCUCUUUGAUAUAUUGACUUAUCAUACUGAUAUUGGGUGCAUGAACAGUUAUUGGAGGGGGAAAGUAGGGGAGGGCAUUGGUUAGGGAAACUGAGAACCUUGACUUAACUGAGUGAUUGGAUUCUGUGUUUUGUUUUUAUUUUUAUUUUUUCUUUCUGUUUUAAUGAGCGUAUGACAUCAGAAGAUCUAUAUUAAUAUAUUGUAGUUAGCUUGAAUUGUGUGAUUGCAUUCUAUUUAUUUUUUAUCGUUUGGUUGGUCUGUGCUGGAGGAUUGGCAGCAUGUGUCAGCAAAUCAUUAAGAUUUGCACUUAACCUUUUCAAUUAUAUUUAAGUAAUUCCAUCUUGAUUAUAUAACCAUUGAAGAAAAAAUACACAAGCUCUGACAUGAUGGAGUAGAGUCCAGUUAAGCCAUUUCAAUUACAAUUGUGCAGUAAAAUGUCCAUUAUUUUGGAUUUAGAAACAUAGCACAACAAAUUGUGUCAACUGCGGAGCACAAGAUAUUGUGCCACACCUACUCAGUUUUGUUCAGCAUCUAGGUCAUUUGCAGUUUAUAUUUGAUCUGUAUAGCAGGCUUGCCGAGGAAACUGCCUGCUUGUCCGAUUGAGGCAGUGGGUUCUCCUUGAAUGCUCUUUUCUAUUCAAUGGAGUCAGAGUGAAGCUCCAUGUUUCUCUAACCACCAGCAGACCACUGAGACAUGCUGAACAAAAACUGAUCUGGGUCGCAGUUACUUUACACAUUGACGCACCUGCUCAGCUAAUGUAAAGAUUGUCGCCAAGCUACGGAGUUGCGUGCUGUGCUUUUGCAAUGUGCUCAGAUUCAGACGAGUCCAUACUACGAAGACCGCCUCUAGCUUGCUUCUUCUAGGAAGAUAAGUCUUACAUGCAUGUGUGCAGACAAACAUAUAAGUUACUGUUUUGUAACUGACUGAACAGUUUGAAAUGAAGCUGGGAUGUUUAAAAAGCCACACAUGCAGUAGCACAAUGCAUGGCUGGAACCUUGAGGUUCAAGUUAACAGGACUCUACAAUGUUGUUGUUGUUUUUUUUUAAUUUUUUUUUUUUUUUAUUAUUAUUCCCAAAUGUAAAUACCGUAUGGCUCCUAUUCAUAUAGUGUAAUCUUAUUGUAGAUUUUUGCCAGGUAAUAAAGGUGGGGGACUAAGGUAAAGAAUAGUACUAUGUGUAUAAAAGUGCUUUUCAUAAUUACCCAAAAAAUGAAUGUGCCACAAAUGGCACAUAUGUGUUUUCCCCAUCUUGUUUCCCCUUUUAUUUCCAUCAGCCCAUGUCAUGUCCAAAGUAUGUUCAGUAACUGGCUCUACCACGAGUGUCUCCUACAGGCCCAGUGGCUUCUUUUUUACAAUACUUGUCAGAUUAACAAGCCCCUGUAAACUUUAUUAACCUGUCUGAAUUACACAGAAUUCCAGUCCAUGCUUUAAUCCUGUUACUGAAGUUUAUUCAAAGCGAAGAAAAUUAUAAAGGCCUCUAGUGAUAUGUAGAGAGGCAAUUGUGGUUUCAUCUUUUCAUUACCAAAAGCUUUACUUGUGAAUGUUGCUUGAUCUUGAUCAUCAAAUAUUUAUGAAAGCUGUAAAAAAGUUUCAAGGAAUUUGCAGGGUAUUCUAAAGAAGCCAAUGUAGACUGGGUUGCACAUGAAUGACUCUCUUCCUUGUAUACAGAGAAUAUCAAUGUAGACAUAGCUGAGUUAAGGUCUGGGGCCUAUGAAUGGAAAAUUGGCCUUCACCAAAGUUCAUGUUAAAGUCUUAGUGUGGACGAUGGACAUGGCUUUGUGAUUUAGCAUGAAAACACUGGGACUGUGUCCUUGGGAUAAGUUGGUCAUCUAAAAUCCCUGACUGUGAUUUAAUUUCUUCCUCCAUCUCACCACUAGUGGAAAAUUUCAAUUCAGUAAGAGUUUAUGGGGAUUGUUGAUUGAUAAUUAUGUUAAAAGGAGAAUAGUUGUCAUAUUUAGGGGAACUUGUGGUUGAAGCAGCUCAGCAAUUUACUUUUCCCCACAGUUUAUCUUAUAUCUUUAGAAUAUUCAGACUUACCUGCUGGGUUGACGACCACUACAAAAUAAAGUCGCCUACAGAAUGCCCAUUUUUUUUCCUUUUCAGAUUGAUAGUCCUUUCAGAGAAAAAGUCCUUUACUUGGGGUGAUUGUUCAGCUGUGUAAAUCAUGUGGAUUUCAUGGUUUACAUUUGGUCUUUUCUAUUGACUGCUCAUAUCUCAGCUCUUUUUUUUUUUAUUAUUAGUCGACAUGAGCAGUUUGAAUGUAAACCACCAUAAUUCACACAAUAACCUGUAAUGUCAUUAAUCAAACUACUCGGCCCUAAUAUUGAUUAUGUCAGAGGAUGGAGGCCAAAUUUUCUUACAUGUGAUUUGGGACAGUUGGAUAACUAAAAUUGUUUAGACUGUUUGUGAUGAAGGAAUUGGCACCAGCAUUUAGGGCAACCGUACCUAAGCAAUCUAGAUAUUAUCAGUAGAUAUGCAUUUAUCUUCCUUCCGUUCCGUUCCGUAAUUUUUAAUGUCUUCAAUCCUGUCUUUAGCACAACCUUUAUUAAUCAGUGUCUUCAUCAUGCAAGGGUUUUGAUUGAUAAUAAUGAUAAACCUGCCAGUUAUGAUGAGUCUGUUAACUGCAGAGGUAAAGACAAAAGAUUAUUAAUUUUGUCUUUUGAGAUGAGCUUGAGGGACAUGAAAUGAAAUCUACAAUGUACACAGAGGUGUAGUUCUUGUCCUUUGGCACUCCAGUCCCCCAGAAACACCACCAGAUAUCUUUUUAUUUUGUUUUUCUUUAAAGAUUUAGGAUUGUAUGAUGUGUAAGAGUAAGUAUAAAACAAUAAAAUCACAAAGUUUAUUUUAAAUUA